AUGGAUUCAUGCACGUAUCAUCCAGGUGUGCCAGUCUUUCAUGAUGCUCUCAAAGGUUGGUCAUGCUGUAAGAGAAGAACAACAGACUUCUCUGACUUCUUAAGCAUUGUGGGCUGUACGAAGGGUCUCCAUAAUAGUGAGAAACCUCCUGAGCCUGUUAAACCAGAUGUUAAAAGUACCACUGAGCGAAAAGAGCUGGCUGAACUGAAACCCAAAUUUCAGGAACACAUCAUUCAAGCACCAAAACCACUGGAAACAAUUAAAAGACCAAGCCCAGAUGAGCCAAUGACAAAUUUGCAGCUGAAAGUUUCAGCUUCCUUGAAGCAAGCACUAGAUAAACUGAAACUCUCAUCAGAAAACGAAGAGAAAAAAGAGGAGGACAGUGAUGAAAUCAAGAUAGGGACACCAUGUAAAAAUGCAGGCUGUUCAAAAACGUACCAAGGACCACACAGCACUGAAGAAGUGUGUCAGUACCAUUCUGGCGUGCCUAUAUUUCAUGAAGGGAUGAAAUACUGGAGCUGCUGUAAAAGGAAAACAUCUGACUUCAAUACGUUUUUAGCCCAAGAGGGCUGCACAACAGGAACACAUGUAUGGACUAAAAAGGAUGCAGGAAAGAAAGUAGUUCCAUGUAGGCAUGAUUGGCAUCAAACUGGAGGAGAAGUGACUGUUUCUAUAUAUGCUAAGAACUCGGUUCCUGAUCUGAGCUAUGUAGAAGCAAAUAGCACAAUGUUAAAUAUCCAUAUUGUAUUUGAAGGAGAAAAGGAAUUUCAUCACAAUGUGAAAUUAUGGGGAGUAAUUGAUGUAAAGAGGAGUUAUGUGAACAUGACAGCUACAAAGAUUGAGGUUACUAUGCGAAAAGCAGAGCCUCUAUUAUGGGCAAGUCUUGAAUUACCAGUAUCCAACACCCAACAAACAAAUGAGAAUUCAGAUCAAUAAUAAUUCCAAAAGAUGAGAUUUCCUAUUGUGAAGUGGUGACUUGCUACUGUAAUCAAGUAUUUAAUUUUUAUAUAGUUUUUUUUAAAUGUUUGAUCUUGUUCCAUUCUACAACAAAGUUCUACUGCACAGUGAAUGAAAGUGUCAACUUCAAGAGUAAUAGCUAUUUCUUCUGCUCUUGCUCUCCUGAGAAUAUUUAUUCUAGUUGGAGUGUCUCCAUGAGGAUUUAAAAUAAAAGAGCUAUUGCCUUCUGCUUACAACCUUACCUACUAUGCACUGACCAUGCAAGCAGAUGUGCUGUCAGUCUGCAGUGUGUGUUAAUUUUCCAAGUGCUGUGUUUAGACUGGGACUCUGGUAGUACAUGUUAGAAUCAGAACUCUUCAUUAUGAAGCACACAAUUUUAAAGGGAAAAAAGCCUGACUUUUUGAAGUAAUGAACAUGCAAUUCCACAUCUAAAUUAAAAAUACACGUGAAAGUAAAUGUUAAAAAGCACUUGUAGACUUCUGUUUUUGUCUGCUGGAACUAAUGUUUGUUUCAAUAUCUCUUGGCUGUAAAGGGAUGGAAUAAAAGGUAUUUUGAUAAGAGCUUCAGUACUUCCUGACUCUUGCUGUCUUUCAAGCAUAAAUGCAGGAGAUCAAAUUAAAAUAAAAACAAAGGUGACAAGAGAGGAUAUUUCUUAUUCUUGUACCUUUGCUGUUUGAUUUGUUGAAUGCAAAAGGCAAGGGGUGGUAAAAUGAGUAACAGUACCUCAACUUUGUAAAACUGCCAAACUACUGUAUAUAUUUCACACCAUCUUCAGAAUGUAUGCUCCAUUCUAUCCCACAACGUUCAACAUCUUGAAUAUUUUCAGUGUGGAUAUCUGUAGUAGGAGAGAGCAGUACACAAUGUAGUUGUCUCAGGAAAAUUAUUUUGUUACAAAUAUGCCUUCUCUUGUUCCUGAGUGAUCUGAGAACUAAAUUCACAGAGCAAGUCUUAGGAGAAAUAAACAACAAGCGUUAAAAUGUCUGUCUCAAAUCAUAAGCGUACUAUUGAAAUAAAAUAUUUUAAAAUAUUUUUAUUCAAAGCAUAAAAAAGCAUUUUUAUGCUUUGAAGAAGCAUAAGCAAAACUAUAAUUAGAAAUCUAGACCUUUCAUUUGUUUCCAGUUUUGCAGCAUUUAGGAUUUGUAUCUGAAAGCACGAUAGUUUUACAGAUGAGGCUUUUACCUAAGCAAAAACUCAUGCACUAAUGUUGCUUUCUCCUUCUGCUUGCAAAAGCAAUUUUGGGUUGCAGCUGUAAGGGGAGGUGGGGGGAGGAAAACACAUUUUUAAGUUAAGCAAAUUUAAGCAAAAUAUAUAACGUGCUAAAACUUAAGCAGCUUUGUUGACCACAAAAUGUGCUGAUGCUCAUCUACCUACCUACCUUUGCUUGACCUGAUAUCCAAGAGAAAUGGGGAACUCAGAAACAGCAUUCUGAAAUGAAGUAGGGAUUUCUAAAACUCCUACUGUUUUCCAGCAGUCCAGAGUUCUGCCUCUAGCAGUAUUUAUCCCUGACAUAGUAGCAAACACUUUACCAAAUAAACUGCCCCUCACACCAGUGGUGUGUUUUGGUGCAUCUUUACCCAUUUCCUUAUCGACUUGGAGGAACUGUGGCUGCUAAACUGUUCCAGCUAAAAUCUUACAUGACAGAUUCAACCGAAUUCUAAUAAUGCCUUUAUCAAAAUUAUUUUUGUUUAAGGGUCAGAUGCUGUGAAGUGGUAGGGUACAAGCUUAUGGAAGCAUAGGCCUGCAAGUGGUCCUCUAAAAAUUGUUCCAACGUUCCCCCAUGUGCUCUGAGCCAACAGCUGGAGGUCUUAUUAGUCCAGUGCUAAGAAAAAUUGCUUCAGUGGAUGAAGAAUUCUAAACAGCUAUAGCUAUCAGCAUGCCAUCUAUGUUCUUGCAUGCAGAAGUCUGAACUUGGGCAAUAUUUAAACAUCAGGAUAAAAUUCUAAUUUUCUAAGCAGGUUAAAAUAUCUGUCUACGCAUGUGGGUAUAUCAAUACUGUAAAUGUAUCUUUCCUGCAUUUUAUUUUACAGAUUUUCAAUAUAAUUGCAGGAUCAUAUGCUGUGAGUUACAUUGUAAAAAUCUUUUUUAAAGAACUACAAGGGAAAGGGAAUUUCAUCAGGAAAAAAAUAUCUUUUUAAGCGAUUCACAUGGCCUGAGUGCAUUUAACCCUUAACUCAUGAAAAUUUGAGUGAAUGGACUUUCUGCUGUUAAUGCUGCAGCUUUGAGACCCUGUAACUAUUUGCCUCUUUGAAACUAGAUUCUGCUGGGAGCUGGAUAGGCUUGGUAGUGAAUGGAUGAAAGCUCCUACAGACAUGGUCUUCAGUUGGGCUUUGGUAUUUUCACUGAUUCCUUCCACUCUUUCCCUGUUGUUCAUACUCAUCAGGGAACUCUGCAAACGCUUCAGGAGUUACAUAAUGAUUGCUUUCACAUCAGUGAUGAUGUAAAUGCUUUUAAAUAGCAUCUGUUUAAAAAAGCAAGCAAACAAAAAAUCCCAGCUUAGAUGAGGUAAGAAGGUCUAGGGUUUUAUAAAUAAUAGUCCAAUUGUCAAUGGCUGAUGGCAUUCGAAAUAGAAGGACAGUAUGGAUUGUGCUAAGUUUCUUGUUUAAUUGCAUUCUUUGCAGCUUUUUAAAUUCAUUUGUGUUUAACCAUCAUAAAGGUACAAAAACUUGCUGAAUUUACUUGCUGAAUCUACUUGCUGAAUCUGAGUGCUCUGAGCAAAUUAUUGUGGUUGCACAGAGCAGUCUUUAGCGCACUGAUGUCUGAUAUCUUUACAUGGCUACUGAGAGCUGACACUUCAGUGGUAUGUGGGUUUGACUGUGACUUUUAUUAGUAAAUGAGGGGGAAAAAAAAAGGUGUGGUAUACCAAACAAAUCAUAAUACCUCUCCAAAGCAAGAUUUGAAAGCUAAGCUAAGCAUUUUUUGCUUGCAUAGGCUUUACCCUGUUUAAUAAUGGUGAAAUUCAGUAGCGCAAACAAAUAUAUACUGGGUUAUUUGCAGUUUAAUUUACCCUCUUUUCCAUGUUCUUGGACGGUGUGCUGUAUUUAACAAGUUGGUUAGCGGUUUAGCUAUAAUUUUAUAAUUUGUAAGACUUCAAACCCAUACCAUAGCACACUGUACCUCAUCUAACACAGUGUUACAUGUCUCAGAUAGAACUGUCCAGGUGCAUGUCAAGCUUUUUCUUCAUAAUGUGUUUUUAAUAAAAAAAAGCAGUAUGUGUAUGUACCAAUUUGUGACAAAUUCUAAUCUUUUCCUUCAUGUUUAGGCCCAUUUUCCUAAUUACUGUAUCACUGCAUAUCUAGAACAGAACAUUCCUUGGAUGUAGUUUAGUUUUAAUGCUAGAACUGUUAAGCACUGGGCUGUUCAGCUGCUCUGACAUUUUACAUGGCUCUGAUGUAGCUUCACAAAAAACUUCCAUCUGAUGAUCUUCUGGAGCACUUGCACUAUCAAGUCACCAUUUCAGUAAUUUAGGGACUAGUUCUAUUUUGAAUAGAAUUUUGCCUUGAAAAAAACAGUUACUUAUUCUAUGUAACAAUGCAUUUUUUGCUUGCAUUCUUUAAAAAUGGCAUGAUUAUUGGUUAAAUACUGCACCCGUUAAUCGAUGGUGUUUUCCAAUUGCUACUGUUUUUUUUUGUUUGUUUGUUUUUGUCUCUGUUCAGGAAAGAGAGAGAUCAUAUUUAAAGUAAUGAGUUACGUGUCUGGAACACUGUUUGAAAUGAUAAUUUUGUCAUAAAAAUGAGUCUUGAAUUACAGUUGGGGGAGGGUGGAAAACAUCCUUUUGCAUGGUUAUUUGAUUCUGCACAUUCAUAAAACUUUCAUGCAGAAAUUAA